ACGAGCGCGGGACUUCCUGCAACCUGCUUCCGCUGGCGAAGAUGUGGCCCAGAGGCGGGAGGUGGCUCACUUCACGUUCCAGCCCGACCCCGAGUCCCGGGAGUACGGGCAAACUCAGAAAAUGAAUCUUUUUCAGUCAAUAACAAGUGCCUUGGAUAACUCAUUGGCCAAAGAUCCUACUGCAGUAAUAUUUGGUGAAGACGUUGCCUUUGGUGGAGUCUUUAGAUGCACUGUUGGCUUGCGAGACAAAUACGGAAAAGAUAGAGUUUUUAACACUCCGCUGUGUGAACAAGGAAUUGUUGGGUUUGGAAUUGGCAUUGCAGUCACUGGUGCUACUGCCAUUGCAGAAAUUCAGUUUGCAGAUUAUAUCUUUCCUGCUUUUGAUCAGAUUGUCAAUGAAGCUGCCAAGUAUCGCUAUCGCUCUGGGGAUCUUUUUAACUGUGGAAGCCUCACGAUCCGGGCCCCUUGGGGCUGUGUUGGUCACGGGGCUCUUUACCAUUCUCAGAGUCCUGAAGCCUUUUUUGCUCAUUGCCCGGGGAUCAAGGUGGUUAUACCUAGAAGCCCUUUCCAAGCCAAGGGUCUUCUUUUGUCUUGCAUAGAGGAUAAAAACCCUUGCAUAUUUUUUGAACCCAAAAUACUUUACAGGGCAGCAGUGGAGCAGGUUCCUAUAGAACCAUACAACAUCCCACUGUCACAGGCUGAGGUCAUUCAGGAAGGGAGUGAUAUGACUAUGGUUGCUUGGGGCACACAGGUUCAUGUGAUCCGGGAGGUAGCUUCCAUGGCACAAGAAAAGCUUGGAGUAUCUUGUGAAGUCAUUGAUCUGAGGACCAUAAUACCUUGGGAUGUGGAUACAGUUUGCAAGUCUGUGAUCAAAACAGGGCGACUGCUGAUCAGUCAUGAGGCUCCCUUGACAGGCGGCUUUGCAUCUGAGAUCAGCUCUACGGUUCAGGUCUGGAAUCUGAUACGUCUCACUGGACUAAAGGCAAGUGGACCCAGGAUACAGUUAGUUUCAAAUCAUAAAACCCAGUGCAUCUGCAUCUGGAUCAAAGCUUCCCACCUGACUGAUCUCUUGAUUUGGACUUGGCUGUCUCCUUCCUCUGCUUCCCCCAAGCAGCCCUAGGUCUUGUUCUGAGAUGCUUUUUUUCACUGUGGUCCUUCAUCUGCUGGCGCUCUUCCUGUAACUUUCCUCAACUGCUGGUAUCAAGCAUACACUGUGGAUGCUCUGUAGAAUUGGCAGUGGAACCUCAACGAUUAGUCUGGAGCUCCUAAAACCAGACCGAAACUUUUUUCAAUUAUUCAUUCGGAUGUACAAGAGGUAAGGCUAAUUGGAUUUAAACAUAUGGCAUGGACAUGCUGUGUGAUCAUUGCUACAUACAGAAUGGGUGUAUAUACACAUGUAUGUAUUUAUAUGUGUACGUGCCUGAGGGAGCCAGGGCGUAACCUUGCUAGGUUCUAUUUUUGCAUGCUGUUCAUGGAAAAAGCUUUGUCUGUGAAGUUUUUAUAUGAAGAUAAUACAUGACACCACCUGUGUUUUUCUUCUCACUGCUUAGUUUUAGAGGGAACCAAUAGGAAUCAGAAUAUGGCUGACUCUUACUGGGUAUAUGAUCUUAUACAAAUUACUUAACUCUUUUUGGGGAGCAGUGAAAGGGGAUGAACUCAGGAUCUUGUGCUUCUCUUAUAAUCCUCAGCUUUCCUAUUGGUAGUACCUAACUCACAGGAUUGUUGUGAUCCUUGAAUGAAUUAUUAAUGUUAAGCUUUUAGAAGGAGGCCACCAUAUAGAAAACAUUCAACAAAAAUAUUGUAAUAUAUGACCAUCACAAUUGAUCCUCACUCUUUCUUGACUCACACAUCACUUUUCAAAUUUUUUGAUUCAGGUUAG